ACGUUUGCUAAGUUAACGUAGUAAGUAUCUAUAUAUAUAUAUAUAACUAAACAUAUACUUGUUGUGUUGGGUUUGCUUGUCGACGACUCCAGCGGCGGAUUGAUAUAUACGCUCGUGGUGCUUGAAAACCACAUUUUUGUCGAGCAUACUUCUUAUACGUCGACGUUUCUCAUUCAGGCGGAUUAAUAUAACGUGAGCAUUGUUGUAAACGUCGACGUGGAGUGGUCCUGCUUUCACUAGCACCAAUUACCAAGUAUAUUCUAUUAUAAAAUCCAAGCAUAUCUCAGAGAACACACAUCACAAAAUUAACUUCCUCUGCACAAUAAAUCUCCAUCCAAGAUGAAGCUAUUAUUUAUAAUAUUAUCAACUGUCAUCGCAUAUUCAAAUGUUCAGGCCUCGACGUAUAAAAUCACAGAUCAAGUUUAUUUCGACAUUAUGAUUGACGAUUAUCCUAUUGGUAGAAUAGUAAUUGGUUUAUUUGGAGAUGCUGCGCCAAAGACUGUGAAAAACUUCUUGACAAUUGCGACGGAAGGAAUCAAUGGACGAACUUAUGCAGGUUCAAAGUUCCACCGUGUCAUCAAGAAAUUUAUGAUACAAGGUGGUGAUAUUGAUAAAGGUGAUGGUUCAGGAUCAAUAAGUAUCUACGGAAAGUACUUCGAUGAUGAAGACUCUGGUUACAAUCAUAUUGGACCAGGAUUUAUCAGCAUGGCUAAUGCAGGAAAAAAUACAAACGGUUGCCAAUUUUUCAUCACAACUGUUGCUACACCCUGGCUUGAUGGCAUACAUACUGUUUUUGGAAAGGUAAUUAAAGGUCAAGACGUACUUUUUAAAAUCGAGCAGACGAAAACGGACGUGAAUGACGCACCAAUAUCACCAGUUGUCAUUCUCAAGAGUGGAAAACUUCCAACAACUGCACCGUUUUUCAUCUCUGAAGAUCCCUACGAUGCCUGGGCAUGGAUCAAAGCGACUUUCAUUCCACUAUCAUUUAGUUUUUCAAUACUUGGAUUCUUUCAUUGGGUAAUGAAACAAUUAGAUUCCAGCUGUUUAAAAUUACAAGAAACAGAAAAAUUAUUCAAGCAAGAUUAAAUCAUCAAUUUCACAAUACAUUUAUAAACAUAAUUACAAAUUACAACUACCAUAAUUACUUAAUUUGUAAUGAAUUAAUAAAUAAUCUUUUUACAAUCUUCA